AUGGGAAAGGUUCACGGAAGUUUGGCUCGUGCCGGAAAGGUCAAGUCUCAGACCCCUAAGGUCGAGAAGCAGGAGAAGAAGAAGACUCCCAAGGGCCGUGCGAAGAAGAGACUCACUUACACUCGCCGUUUCGUCAACAUCACCUUGACUGGUGGCAAGCGCAAGAUGAACCCUAACCCCACUGCUUAAAUUACCCAACCACCAACACAACGAUGAACCUUUCUCGAUACCCUGUUCGCGGCUCCUUCUGAGUUGAAGCAAGAUUGGUCACCAGCAGCGAUGUCGGGAGCUUUUGUCUUUGGGUAAGGACCAGGAGAGGAACCAAAACUGGGAGACAUGGGAAUCUUUUCAUGAUGUUAUGGAUUGAUUGGCUUUGCGAAUCAUGGGCGAAAGAGAAAUCUGGCAGCUUGGGAGAAGGUCGUUAUAAUCAAGACCAAGCCCCGAACCAUCAUCAUGGGGGUCAUUUAAAUCAUGGCUUACACACAGCAUGGGAUGUCAUUUUUGCACGCUUUUAUUUUCUUUCGGCCAACGGGAAAUGGUAUAUCUGGGUCUAUUUUCUUCUUUGCGACAUUGAUACUGCCUACCUGCCUAUAGCGUGUGACGAGACAGUCAGAUAUGAGAGAAGCUGCUGUGUGUCUUCUAUCCUGCAAGCCAAAUGAUACAGCCUGUUUACCAGCCA